AUGAAUGCAUUAGUGGCAACCAACAGGAACUUCAAGCUGGCAGCUAGGCUGUUGCGGUUGGACUCAAAGCUUGAGAAAAGUUUGCUUAUUCCAUUCAGAGAAAUCAAGGUUGAAUGUACCAUACCUAAAGAUGAUGGCACUUUGGCAUCUUUUGUUGGGUUCAGGGUUCAGCAUGACAAUGCCAGAGGUCCUAUGAAAGGGGGAAUCAGAUAUCACCCAGAGGUUGAUCCAGAUGAAGUCAAUGCAUUAGCACAACUUAUGACAUGGAAGACAGCAGUGGCAAACAUUCCCUAUGGUGGGGCUAAAGGUGGAAUAGGAUGUAAUCCAGGGGAGUUAAGUGUGUCUGAGCUAGAACGGCUUACCCGGGUGUUCACUCAAAAGAUACAUGAUCUGAUAGGAGUUCACACAGACGUUCCAGCUCCUGAUAUGGGAACUGGUCCACAGACUAUGGCGUGGAUACUGGAUGAGUACUCCAAAUUCCAUGGCUACUCACCUGCUGUUGUUACUGGAAAACCAAUUGAUCUUGGUGGAUCUCUAGGCAGAGAUGCUGCCACUGGACGAGGAGUGCUCUUUGCAACAGAAGCCUUGCUUAAUGAGCAUGGGAAGACCAUAUCAGGGCAACGAUUUGUCAUACAGGGUUUCGGAAAUGUGGGUGCCUGGGCUGCGCAACUAAUCAGUGAGCAGGGUGGCAAGGUUGUAGCCGUAAGUGACAUAACUGGAGCUGUAAAGAACAGCAAAGGGAUUGAUAUUCCAAGCCUACUCAAACAUGCCAAGGAACACAAAGGUGUGAAAGGAUUCCAUGGUGUGGAUCCCAUUGAUCCCAAGUCAAUACUAGUUGAAGACUGUGACAUUCUCAUACCAGCAGCACUUGGAGGUGUCAUCAACAGGGAGAAUGCAAAUGAUAUUAAAGCCAAAUUCAUUAUUGAAGCUGCCAACCAUCCAACUGACCCUGAAGCUGAUGAGAUUUUGUCGAAGAAAGGUGUUGUUAUUCUUCCAGACAUAUAUGCUAACUCAGGAGGCGUUACUGUUAGUUACUUCGAGUGGGUGCAGAACAUCCAAGGAUUCUUGUGGGAUGAAGAGAAGGUGAACAGUGAACUAAAGAAUUACAUGACCAAAGGUUUCAAAGAUGUGAAAGAGAUGUGCAAAACCCAUGAUUGUGAUCUCCGUAUGGGAGCCUUCACUCUAGGUGUUAACCGUGUUGCACGAGCUACCGUUCUUAGAGGUUGGGAAGCCUGA